CCUUGUUAAGGGUGUCUCAAUCUGUCUGAGCUCUCAGUGCCAAGCCUGCUUUCAUAAGACCAACUCUCUAACACACUUUCCAAGGAGCCAACAAACACACACACACACACACACACACAUUCACGCGCAGUGUGAGUGAGCAGCUAUAAGACACAGCCAGCGGCAGCUGAAGGUCAUACACAGAUCUACACAGCUCUUAGGAUGGAUGUUCUGAAGAAGGGAUUCUCCAUUGCUAAGGAGGGAGUGGUGGCAGCAGCUGAGAAGACCAAGGCAGGGGUGGAGGAGGCCGCCGCCAAAACCAAGGAGGGGGUCAUGUAUGUCGGUACAAAGACAAAGGAAGGCGUGAUUCAAAGUGUGAACACAGUUGCCCAGAAGACGACUGAACAGGCGAAUCUUGUGGGUGAGGCCGCAGUAGCUGGAGCCAAUGAAGUAUCUGAGAAAGCAGUGGAGGGUCUGGAGACUGUAGUGGCAUCUUCUGGAUUGGUCAACCCGGAUGAACAGGCGAUCACUGAGGCUGAACCGUCCCAAACUGAAGAAGCCGCAGAGCCAGCUGCAGACGCAGGACAAUAGGGUCAUUAUCUCCAUGAUCGAUGGUUUCUCGACAUGCUCUGUUGGGUGUUCAAGAGGAUAUUAAGAGGAGAGUUUAUGUUAACUGCAGUCAGUUCCCGUUUUACUUCUGUUGUGAUCCCUCUGACAGCAAAGCUUUUUAGUGUGACUCCAAAAAACUAAACAAAAAAACACUUCCUAAAUGGUGAAUUUGUAAUUUGGGAUAAAACAGUGUUAGUAAUAUAUUACCCGAAUGCCUUUCCUCCAAUGAAAAUCAAGACACAUGUCUCACUGUCAUUUGUACGAGCUGCCAGCUUACUGUAGCAUCUCCUCACCAUUUGACUUGUUUGGUUGGUCUCUACACCUAGACCUCCGAAACGGUCCUAUCGACUCCAUCUGGUCUUGUGAACUACAUGUAAUUGCCCUCUGUCACUAAGCACACACACACAGACCUACACUGUUAUCUCUCCUUAAAUCAGCCUUAUGACAACCUGCUUAUGCUUAGAGUUCUAUCAUACACACUUAGAUAUAAUAUGGAAAUAUACUAUAUGUAUACACCAAAUAUUUUGUUUGCACACUUGCUGUACUUGUAUCAGCUUAAAGUCAUCCUGAACCCAUGUGUCUUACUAACCCGAUGUACUAGUGCCUAAUACCUCGGAGAGCAGUGAAGAUCAGGCUUUGGUUUAUCGGUGGACAGGAGGUUAUACAGGAGGCCUUUUUUUUUUGAAAUAUAAGCUAAUGUCCUCACCAAUAUGAGUGAGUGAUAUGAAGAGUGGCACUUAAAUCAUAAAGCAAAACUGGAUGAAUAUGAUGUUUAAACAAGUUAAUGAUAUGAUGUCAAGCUCAGCCUCAGUUAACUACCCAAGAACAAUAAUGUCUUAAAAUGCAGUUCUGCUCCAACUGAUGAAUUACUAAACUGCCUGCUUUGGGAACCCUUUAUAUGAAACGAUUAUAGUUCUCAUUCUGUAAAGCUGCUUUAAAAAAAACUGUCUACUGUUACAAGCACUAUACAAAUAAAAUCAAACUGAAAAUUGAA